CUUUGCGCCUGCACCAUGAAACUCCAUCGGCCACUGCACGUCUGCGCUUACCUGUUCGGCGUGUUUCCGGCGGCGCGGACACCGGGCCCGCCGUCCCGACGCUUCCGGGUCCACUGGCCGGGAGUGGCGCUCAAGGCGUUCCACACGGCGCUCUACUGGCUGGUGUCGCUGGCCGUCAGCGUCGUGUCCAUCCGGAACCUGAAGAACUACCAGAAGCUGGCCAAGAAGUUGCUGGCCACCCGGGUGCUGGACAUCGAGGAGCUGUUCGUGUACAUGAUGUUCGCCGGGAUCGCGGCCACGGCCGUGUGCCAAGCGCACAUGCUGUGGCCGUCCGUCAUCCGCGCCACCAACGAGUGCUUCUUCGACCUGUGUCAGCUGGGCCACGUCACCGGCGUCUGGCAGCACUUCUCCGCGUACGCCGUCGUGCUGUUCGUCGCCUACGAGUUCGCCAUGUACUUCGUCUUAGUCACGUACAAGUUCACGUUCCCUUUGGCUAAACUGAUCUGCCUGUUCCCGCCACUGUCGAACAUCACGUGCGUCGUCGUCGAGCAGUUCUUCUACCUGAUGUGUGUGUCGCUGUACCUUCGGCUCCGUGCGCUGCACGACGACAUCAAGACGCUGGUGCACAAGGCCGAACACCCGCGGUGGAGAUGCUGGGCGUCCGUGGCCGCGGACGGUGGCCGCGGCCGACCGGUGGCCGGUCGGAUGGGGAUACCCGCGUUCAGCGCGUCCGAUAUACGCGACCUGCGGGCCGUGCACCGCGCCUGCAUGGAACUGUUCGCUCGCAUCAACCGCCUGUUCCAGUUGCCGCUGUCGCUGUGCAUGUUCGACUGCGUGUUCCGCAUCAUCGUCUACAUGUAUGGCAUCGCGUUCGACGUGACCAUCGUCAUUUGGGAGAAGAAGAAGCACGUAAACUACGCUAACACCGCCAUGUGGUCGGGUUACUGCGUCAUUCGGAUCAUUCGGCUCUGGUACCUCUACCUGUGCGAACAUUACGUAACCAAAAAGAUUUUACCAAUACGUUUGUCACUCAGCUUUCUUUCGUUGAUUCUGAAUCCCGUUACAAGCCGAAGACUGAUGCCCGAGAUAAUUCUAUUUCAACAUCAACUUGAUACCAUCAAGUCCAAGUUUGAAUUAUUUGGCGUUUUAAACAUCAAUAUGACGUUAUUUUAUGCUGGAUUUUGUACUACUUUGGCGUAUUUAGCGCUUUUGCUUCAAUUUUUUGCAUUUAAUCAGAUUUCAAUGGCAUCCAUUUCCACAAGCAAUGAAACAAACACUGAAAAAUAAUUAUUAUUAUUGAGCUGCGGUAAUUAUACGUCUAAAAACCAAACUUUUACGGAAUUACAUAAAGAUUCACUUGCAUUAAGAUUAAAUCGAAUUUAAUCAUGCGUUUCAUACAGCACAUUUAUUUCACGCACAACGAAACAAUGUGUACACGACAAGAGAGGGAAAAAUGGCAACUCUAGAUUAACUAAACCAAAAACAGCUUUAAUGGACAAACAUUACAUGUAUACAUAGAAGGACACAGUUAUUUAUUUAACUACUUAAUAAUGCUAAAUUUUAAAUAAUGAUAAAAAAAAAAAAAUAUAAAGGAUAGUUUAAUUAAUUUAUCAUUAUUACUAUUAUUGUUAACAGUUAAGUAGGUACCGGUAGAAAAUAAAUGUGCAAUUCUAUUUAUUAACUAUUGUAGUUAGACUCGGAGACUCAUUACUCACAUUACAAACUUACAAAGAGUAGGUCGUUCUUAA